AUGCCGGAGCUUCCUCGUUAUUCGGAGCUUGUGCCACGCAUCAUUAUCGUCUCAACUCUGCUCCACAAUGCUAUUGCCGACGCUACCCUCACCGGGCUCGGGGAGUCUCCAGAAGAUCUUGCCCUCACCAGUGUGUGGAAAGCCAUCGCAUUUCUUCUAAGUCCCGGCGAUGGACGCAACCAGGGUGCGAAUAAGGCGGAGGCCGUCGCAGGUAUCAGGCUUUCAGACGUCAUCACUGCAUUCGUCGUGCCACCGAACACCGACUGGAGCGGGGGUUCCGGAACGCCGCGAGUGUUCAAAUCCAACAGAGCCGACGGCCAACCGCUUUUGCACGCCUCACUUACGUUCGUCCAGAGCGGCUCUUUGGACUUCGCAGCUCGCAUUCAAGGCAUCCUCGACAUCGUCCAGUACUUCGCGGACCCCCCGGUAGUUCGCCGCGCCGCGGGUUACCUCGGCGCCGGCAGAGACAUACUCCGGCAUGGCCUCAGCACGCUGAUAGUACAUCGCCCGGGCGAACUUCUCAACCCAGUUUCUGGCGUCACCGUGAGGGAGUACCAUCUCGGGAUACCUAGCGAGUGGGAUAAGCUUCUCAAGGAAGCCUAUCUCACGCAGCAUCCUCUGAAGCUCGACAUCUGUCACGGGAUUAGUCUCGGGAAUGGGAGAGUUGAAGCCGCAUCACCUACUAGUGUGUACUGCAACGAUCCGGCUGUCUUGCUCGUGAAGAUAUGUCCCAAGGAAAAAGGGGACAUCGACUUCCGGGUCGGCAGGACCGGCUGCAGCUACUAUUUUCUGCGCCGCGGUCCGAGUGAGACCACACUGUUCGAGGGCUUGGAGAACAGCGUCAGGAAGUCAAUCAAGCUGAAGGCGAGCGUAGGGACCACCCCAUAUUCGUCUGAAGAAGUCGGGCACACACAAGGCGGCGGCGUGCUGCUGUUUUUCCGAAUGCCUCGCGUCACAAGGGACAUGACUAGAAGCACAUCGUAUAUGGCGAAUGGGGGCUGGUGGGUGAGCAUCACCGUAUGGCACGGCACUUUUAUCAGUCCCACCUCGCCUCCAUGGACCGAUGUUCACGAUGUCGAGUCCAUCUCAAUCAAGAGACAACAGGCCACCGACUUCUCUGCCCACCGGGUCGGCUUCUAUUGCGCCUUGGAGCGUGAGGACGCCGUCAAGUGGGCACGUUCCAUUGCCUUGACCAAUACCCCCGUCCUGAAGCAGUACCGCCUCAAUAUGACUGGGCUUAAAGUCGCCAAUCUGGGCACAGAAGCGUCUGAAGAAUGGAUAUCGGUCCUUAAGUGGUCCUACAACAACGAAAACACAGAGAAACGGCUCGACUAUCCCGAAUACGUCGGAUAUGAUGUGAUAAUUGGUUUGAUGUCCUCAGGGCUCAAAGCCGGCGGUCAAGUUGAUAUCCGGCCCCUGCAGUUUUCCGGCAGGCCGGGGCCCAUGGUCCAGAUCGCGCUCUUCACCAAAAAAGCCAUCGAUCAGCUGGAGUUCGUCAGCGAGGAGGAACUCGCCAAGGCCCGUAACUGGUGGGAUCCUUAG